AUGUCGCGUAUGAUGAAGGGCAUGCAGGAAGAGUUAUGGGAAGAGAUUAAGGAAAGCGUGCAUAAGGAAGGGCGGGAUGAGUGGGAGUUGGUUGCUCGAUUCUUGUCAAACCGCUGUCCUAGUGGCAUGAUCUUUGACUUGCUAGCCGAACAAUACUUUCGUAUAUUGUUCGAGGAUCUUGUGAAGGGAGUCGUUGCCAAAAGGAAUGGAUUGGCUGUUCCAACUUUGACGUUAGUGCAAGAACUCAAGGACUCGAGACGUGUGGAGGACGAAUUGUCUCCCGAAUAUGUGAGUUGGGCGAUCUCCGUUCUGGAUCACACAGAGCUUGCCAAACAGUGCAAAGACUGGCCACGAGAUCAGACAAUCAAAGACUUCCGAUCUAUGUUCAAGAGUUGCAUGCAGGAAUUUGUGGAGGAUUUGGACGACACUAGCAGUGAUAGUACUGCAUCUCUGAUACUUUUGAAAGGAAAUAAACUCGUCAACAUCCAACCUGUGGCAAUCGAAGACUUGCGUCGAAUGGGUUGGCAUCGCCAGAAGCUCCACGGCGGGUUUUGGCGAUAUCAACGGAAGCUUGUGAAAGUAUCAACAGCUUGGCAGAAAUACUUGGGUAUGGAUGCUGAAGUUUUUGGUGGGAAAUACUGCUUUGAUGUUAUACUGAAAGUAAGAAUGGAUGGGGAGGUGAUUGGAAUAUCCACACCAGACGGGGUUCUCAAUUGGGCUGACGACUGGAACAUGCUUUGCGAUUCUCUUCAGGAUUUGGACCCAUCUGAUUUCAGCUGGGCUGUGUAA